AUGACCCAUGUAGUGAAUGGUCUUACCUGUGUUUGUGAAAAUUUUUUGCGAUUGACUCUUUACAAUAUUUGUACUGGGCAGAGGAUGAUCAUUGAUGAAUCUCUUUAUUUUAAUUUUCAUAAAAUACGAAGGAUUCAUCUGGGUUACGAUUCAGGUAGCAAUGUGUAUAAGUUGUUGAGAUUGAUUAUGCCCGAUGGUUUCCAUUAUCCUGAUCGCCCUCUGGAAGCUGAGAUAUUGACUCUGAAACCUUCCACUUCGUUAUCACUUUGGAGAAAGCUGGAUAAUAAUGCAUGCGGUAUUGCUGAUUUUCCUGAUGGAAGUGAUGUUGAUAUACUUGAAGCAAAAACAUUCUCAGGUGAUGGGAUCCUGUGUUGGUUUCGGUGUCCGAAAUUCCUGUUAUCUUUCGAUCUCAACAAGGAGAAAUUUCAAUGCAUUAAGCUUCCAGAAGAUGUCAUAUACACAACUCGCACUCCUCCUGGUGGUUUGCCAUAUAAUCUAUCCCCAUGGAAUCUGGUUCAAUCCAUGGGACGCCUAGCUCUAUGGCUUCCUCCUCACUUAGUUGAUCACACCAGAUCAGAAUGCUUUGUGCUCUUUGUAUUAGAGGACAAUGAGGGUAAUAGAUGGUCCAAGCACUGUAUACAAUUGCCUGAAGAACUUGAUGGAGACUUGGGAAGUUAUGCUUCUGCUGUGGGGAACUUGCCUACUGGUGAGUUGCUAUUGAUGAAUCCUCUUGUGAAGUAUCUGGACCAACACCCGCACCCUAAUCCUGUUUAUUCUUAUGAUCAUUAUAAGUUUGACCGGUUUUUGGUUGGAAAGCUUCCCGUAAUGCUUAUCAGUGAAGAAACGCCUAAUCUUGAUAAUUUUUACAUUGAUCCUCUUCUUGAUGAUGGUGGAAACUAUGGUCGUAGCUAUCGUCAAAGAUUUCAUGACGCGGCGUCGUGCUUGCUAGAUAACAGCAAUCUUUAUUUACCAUUAGAUGAUGUACUACGCGGUGGGGUUGAGGAUUAG